CCAACUCAUUCCUACUCAUUCCUACUCAAGCGUCGAUACCUGGUGGUCAUUCUCUAGUGCUGUCGUUGCUACUCUUGCUGUCAAAUCAUGAAGGACGUACGGAGGAAAGACACCAGGAAGGCGAUUCGUUACCCAACCCGUCGUCGAUACAGCGAUCCCAUCGAUCAGUCUAGUUGCAGAGUGGCAGUCGUUGGUGCCGCUGGCGUUGGCAAAUCAGCUCUAACUGUUCAGUUCAUUUGCGGCCGUUUCUUGAGCGAAUACGACCCUACCCUUGAGGACACGUACACGAAAGAUGUACCUGUGAACGGGAGGGAAAUAAAAGUCCAUGUGCUUGACACUGCUGGAAACGAUGGGGACGAGAGCCUUUCGCUUGCUCAAGAGCGUCAGCUGAGAUCAAAUGACGCUUUUAUUAUCGUGUAUUCGGAAACGGAUCGGCAGAGCUUUGAGGCGGCGAGGCACAUCCAUUCCAAUAUUGUCCGCUGUUGCACUGACAGAGGCAUUCAGAACGUUCCCAUCGCUUUGGUUGGAAACAAAACGGAUCUUCCUCAGUGUAGACAAGUCAAUGCCACGGAAGGAGAGGAAUUGGCACAAGAUCUCGGACAUCGGUGUCGGUUUUUCCGGACUUCCGCUGCUCAGAGUCAUGUAGAGAUUGACGCGGCUGUACAGUAUUUGGUGAAAGAAAGGAUUGACGCAUACUUGUGCCCCAAGAAGAGACCGGAUAAAAAGCAUGCUUGCCCGACGCGUUUGAAGAGAAGCAUCAGUUUGCAGGAAUUUGGACUAAAACGUAUACAGAAGAGUAUCUUCCGAUUCAUUCCCGGACUCUCAUAGAACAGAUAGAACAGAUUCCGUUUUGUAUAGAUUUUGUGUCUAGAUCGCUUAUAUUUUUACUGAUGUAUAUAGAGAAAUUCAGACAUAUUCACUUCA